AGGGGCCGGUAGGCAGCGCGGGGCGGGGCCGGGCCCGGCUGUGGGUUCCCCGGGAGCUGGAGGAGUGGGGCCAGGGUUUUCCGCUCUCCGGGCUGGGUCGGUCCACCCCCCGCAGCCGCCUUCCCUUCCCUUCCCUGUGCUGCCCAGGGCGGGGGUGUCUCCUCCUCCCGCCGCUCCCCGAGCCCCGGGACACCCCCCGGCUGGGGGAGCGGAGCGGCCCCCGGGACCCCCGGAGGAGACGAGGCCGAGGGGCUGAGGGGCCGGGAGUGCCUCUCCUUCAGCCCCCCGACAGCAAAAUGGCCAUAGCUGCAGUGAGCGAGGCGGAGACCCGGCUGUGUGGAAACUGCAAAAAGGAUAUUUCUGUAGCUAAUUUCAUCACGCAUGAAACCCACUGUAGCAGAAACAUUGAAGUAUGCCGCUACUGCAGUGAAUUAAUCCCAAAGUCUGAAAUGAAGAACCAUAUUGAGUCUGAACACGUGCAGGUUACCUGCAAGUGUAGGAUGAAGAUAGAAAAGUGUUUCUUGAAGGAUCAUGAGGCGUCAGCAUGUCCUCUGCGCCCUGUGCUCUGCCAGUACUGUGACAUACAGCUCCCUUUCAACAAGCUCCAGGACCAUGAGAUGUUCUGUGGAGCGAGGACUGAGCCGUGUCCUGGGUGCGGCCUGAACAUAAUGGUGAAGGAUCUAAAAGAGCAUCCUCGAGUCUGUGGACAGGAGGUGAAACACGUAAAAGGAAGCAGAGCGGUGCCUCGCACCGAGGAUGCGGAUUUGCACGUCCUCCGAGACAUCAGAAACAAUCUCAAAUCAGAGGAUGACCUGGAGCAGUGGGAGAGAAAUGAAAACGCUUAUUCUUCGCUUUAUGAAGAGUGGAACGCCGAUUUAGACUACGUGUUGGCUCUUAGCCUGCAAAAUGAGAAUAAUUCUCACAAUAACGCUGCAGCUGAAAUUUCCACCGACUUCUGGGAAAACUACUAUGCCAAAGAGCCUGUGCCCAGUGCCUGUCUUAAUGAAGCAGACAGGUCAGAUAUCUUCUCCUGUGACUCUUCAGUGCCUUUUGGCACGUCAAACCGUGUAAAAAACGAUGACGUUACCAUGUUGCCGUGUGAAUUCUGUGAGGAGCUCUACCCUGCCGAAGAUCUGAUUCUCCAUGAGACAGGUUGUAACCCAGCAAGUGCCUUCGCCUCGUUCAGCAAAAGAAGUUCUUCUCCAAAUCCACGAGAAUAUGAUGGUCUGCGUGCUCUUGGCUCCAAAGGUUGUAGGCCCCUCUCUUCACCCCAGGCCAAAGCUGACCAGGCAGAAGGAGACAUUAUAAUUCCAUGUGAAUUUUGUGGCGUCCAGCUUGAAGAGAACACAGUCUUUCUUCAUCAGCACCUCUGUGAUCUGCGCCCCGGCCUCCCCGCUCAGCAGCCGCUGCCUCCGGCCGACAGAGAGAGAAGAGAAGCACCAGAGCCGGCUCGGAGACGGAUCAGGCAUCAAGGGGAUGUUUCUCCUUGGUGCCUGGAAGGCUUUGGGCAGCAGAGGCUCGGCCACCCUGUACGAGGGACCAAGUCACAGAGUGACACGGCAAAUGCCGAGAAUGCGCCAUCGUCCUCUUCAGCACGAGCUGCUGAUGCUCCUGAUGCUCAGGAUGCCAGAGGGCAGCCUGGGAAGGCAGCUGCUGGCGGGGGGAGGCUGACGAACAGAGCGGCAGGUGACUCUGCAGGUGCGACAACACCACGAGCCAGACCUGCUCAGAGCCUUCGCUCCGAAUCCUUCACCUCCGGCUUCUUGAGACCUUCUCCAACCCAGCCAAGCCCCAGCGCCGCGGGAGCACGGAGCCUCGGGGUGUCGGGCGUUCCCCUGGGUCCCCGGCGCAGGAGCACCAAGGCCAAAGCCCAGAGCCCAGUGUCUGAUUAUCCAGAGGAGAAGUGAUCCACCGCUUGGAAAACACACAUUUAACACUUUGCACACUAUUACCCUGCACUCGAGUACUAAUUUAUCUGAGCGCGAGUAAAUUCAUAGAAGACUUUCUACCAAUUUAAAUUUUUACAGGUAGUGAUCAUUUUAUAUAUAUAUAUGUAUGUAUUUUUAAUUUGUGAGACUAUACUACAGCAUUUUACUUCUGUGAGCUCUAUUAGCAGCAAGACAACAACUACGCUCCUGGGUUGUUUCUGUACUUGAUUUUUGUGACACCCAGUGAAUGUUUGACAUCGUUCUUCACAUGUAUGUCCAGCUGUUUGUUGGUCUGAAAACAGCAAGAGAAAAAGCAAAAGUGAUAGAGGGGCUGGGGGUGCUUUGUGAAGUGCUUGUUGCUGCUGUAUUAGUCCACUUCCUAACUUCCUUGUAAUAAAAUUUACCUAAUGGUGUCCCCAAAACACGGGGCAGUAAAAAGCUGUUACAGGAAGUGACAUGGGGUCACAAAUGCUACUUGAGGCAUUUCUGAACCCCCACCCAGAGACAGCUGGUUCAGAAUCCGUGUUAAUUUGUGUUCUGCUGUUAUUACCUGCAGUAGGUCUUUGUUAAUUUGUACGGGAGCUGUUUGGGCGCAGGGUCAGGAAUUGGUGCUGCAGUAGGUCUGGGAUAAUGACUGUGGGCAUCAGCCUCAUUAAUGCAGCACAGCCCCUGGCAGCAGCAGGUUAAUGAGCUCGUCACCCCUGGGCCGGGCUGGUCCUGCAGCCCUUUCUCUGCUGAUGACUAACGAUGGCUGGUCUUGGUUCUAAAAUAAAGACAUUUUACAGAUGCUUCUACCAAA